GUUACUGCUUCUUACUGUUUUUAAUGUAUUCAGUUGAAUUGAUACAUUCUGAAUUGGUGCAGAAACCAAAGAUGGAAAGUCACAGUGACAUGAGUGAGAAAGGUGAAAGUUCGAAUAAUGUUGUAAUGGGGAGGCCUAAAGAGGAGGAUGAAAGUGAGAGCCGCAGGUCCAAUGGUGACAACUUAAAUGGCGUUGCAUCUGAAGAUGAACAGGACUCUGCUCUCAGUAAUUCAUCAAAGACAAGGAAAUACAGUAGGCAUACUGUCAACCAAAUUCUAGAGCUCGAAACUGCUUUCAAGCUGAAUCCACAUCCUAACGAAAAAGUAAGGCUAGAACUUGGAAAGAAACUGUCUAUGGACAGCAAGCAGGUGAAGUUUUGGUUCCAGAAUAGAAGAACCCAAAUGAAGUCACAAUUGGAACGCCAUGAAAAUGGAAUUCUGAAACAAGAAAAUGAUAGGCUCCGCAUAGAGCAUAUUGCAAUGCAGGAAGCCAUGAAAAAUCCAAUUUGCAAUCGUUGUCGUAAUCAGGCUAUUAUUGCUGACAUCAAUGUUGAGGAGCAUCAAACAAAGAUUGAGUAUGAACGGCUGAAAGAGGAAGUCAAGAGGAUCAGUGUCCUGGCCGACAAACUUUUGGGGCCUUUAUCAUCCUUGGAAGGAUCAAUGGCUUCCGUUAUAGCAAAUCCUGCAUUUGGACUUCCUGAGGGAAUAAAUGGCUUCGGUGGUAUAAAUUAUGCCAACGCUGCAUCACCAAUGGGGCUUAAUUUCGACAAUGGUCUGUCAAGUCCUCCACCAGUAAUAUCCACAAGCUUGGCUAAUGUAGAUGUAUCAUUUGAUAAGUCAAUGCUGAUGGAUCUUGCUUUGGCUGCGAUGAACGAGCUUCUUGGGCUGGCUGAGAUUGGUGAACCGCUUUGGGUCAGAAGCUUGGAUGGAGGUGGAGAAACAUUGAAUCUUGAGGAGUAUGCUAGAUCAUUUACACCGUGUACGGGCAUGAAACCUGGACAUUUCACAACAGAAGCAACUCGCGCGACUGGUACAGUGAUUGUCAACAGCCUAACUCUGGUGGAGACCUUAAUGGAUAUGAGUCGAUGGGUGGAGAUGUUCUCCUGCAUUGUUGGGAAAACCUCUGUUGUCGAUGUGAUUCCAGGUAGCACAUGUGGAAGCUGGAGCAGUAAUCUGCAAUUGAUUCAAACUGAAUUCCAAAUUAUUUCUGAUCUGGUUCCUGCUCGUGAAUUGAAAUUUCUCCGCUUCUGCAAGCAACACGCUGAAGGUGUCUGGGCUGUUGUGGAUGUGUCUGUUGACACAAUCCAAGAAAGUUCACAAGCUCGUGAAAUUGGGAAUUGCAGGAGGCUCCCUUCUGGUUGUAUUGUGCAAGAUAUGCCUAAUGGUUACUCUAAGGUUACUUGGAUCGAGCACAUGGAAUAUUAUGAAAAUGUAGUCCACCAUUUGUACCGCCCUCUGGUCAGGAAUGGCCUGGGGUUUGGCGCACAAAGGUGGAUGGCCACUCUGCAAAGGCAGUCUGAGUUCUUGGCGAUGCUGAUGUCUUCUGUUGACACUCCAGUUGUUUGUUCAAGUGGUCAGACAAGUAUGGCAAUGCUGGCUCAACGCAUGACAUGCAACUUUUGUGCUGGGGUUUGUGCAACCAUUCACAAGUGGGAAUCAAUCCAACAAGCAAAUGGAGAAGAUGCAAAAUUGAUGAUGAGGAAGAACAUUGGUGACCCUGGUGAGCCUAUUGGUGUGAUGUUGAGUGCUACAAAGACCAUCUGGUUGCCGGUGAAACAACAACGUUUGUUAGACUUCCUGUUGAAUGAACAAACAAGGAGUCAAUGGGAUAUUUUGUUCAAUAGUGGUCCUAUGCAACAGAUGGUCCAUAUUGCCAAGGGUCAAAAUAUUGAUAAUAGCAUCUCUCUUUUCCGUGCUAAUGGGAAUGCAAUCAGUGACAGUGAAAACAACAUGCUGAUUUUGCAAGAUACUUGCACGGACGCAACAGGAUCCCUUAUAGUAUAUGCAACAAUUGAUGCUGCAGAUAUGGAUGUGGUGAUGAAUGGAGGAGAUUCUUCUUCAGUGGCUUUCCUACCAUCUGGAAUUGCUAUAGUUCCCGACUGUUUUCAAGAUUAUUCCGGGGCCAAUAACUGCAAUGUUGGAACUUCUUGGGAGAAAGAUAAUGGCUUUAGCGGUACUGGAUCUCUAGUGACUAUCGGGUUCCAAGUAUUGGUGAAUAGCUCGCCUGCUGCAAAGCUAUCUAUGGAGUCAGUCCAAAAAGUAAAUAAUCUCAUCUCUCAUACAAUUCAUGGUAUCAAAGCUGCUUUCAAGAGCAAGUGAUACUCCAAGACUAAUUGCUUUCUGUUGGUUCAUUACUUUUUAUGUUUUGAGUCUUUGCUUCUUUUCUUUUCUUUUUUUUCCUUUUUUGGGGAAGUAUCAAACUUUAUGUGUGUCAAAUACAUAAAAAAUAAGUCAGUGCAUGUUAAGAGCUAUGUGUAAGGUUAUAGAAAAGGUUUGGAGUCAAGAACGAACCGAAGUGGAGGGUGAUGGUUCGGCAUUGACUUUGGAUGCCUCUGAAGACAAAGAGUUAGCUCUCUCUAGCUAGAUAUGUGUUUCUGUCGGAAGAUGAGACAUUGGUGUUGUUUUUUGCUCGAGUCCAUUUCAGUGUUAAUGGUAAU